AUGGCUCCAGCAUCUGGGGGGGAUGUUCUGCUGCAGAAAUGGAUCUGCUGCACUUCACCUCUCCCAGCUCUGCUGAGAGAGGCUUGGAUCUCCUCUGGAGCAUCUCCCUGGUACCCAGUUUCCCCCCGAGCCUCACCCCUCCUGCUCGGGGCAAACCUCACCUCCUCCUGCUCUAGAGUGGUGGAUGGCAUUGAAGACAACGGAGGGACUUCGGAGGCACAGAGCUUCUGCUUCAGCACGGAGCCGCCGCCGGGCGCUGCGAGGGACUCCCCCGGCGCAGGGACUGACCCCGGCAGCCCAGCCCUGGUGGUGGAGGCAGAGCAGAUAAAGCAGAACAUCGGCAGGCUCAACCAGGAGAUCAACCACCUCAACCGGGAGGUUUCUCACCUCAGCCGGGAGCUGCAGGGCAUGAUGGAGCUGCUCAAGGCUCACCUGGGCACCCCGCACUCCCCCGCCUGUCCCUGCCGUCUGCCCGCCGCCGUCUCGCCGCCCGCUGCCCCGGCGCGCCCCUCGCCCCCGGUGCCCCCCAGCUCCCUCAGCUCCCCCAGCGACAGCCCCCGGGCCAAACGCUGCCCGGUCCGCAGCCGCUCUGCCCACGCCGCCGCCACGCACCCCUGGCUGGGCGCCGAGGGGCCGCGCCCGCUGCGGGGGGACAGCCCCGCUCCCGGUGCCGACCCCCGCCGGGGCUCGGACUCGCAGCCGCCGCCGCUGCCGCCCCGCUCCGCCCGUUCCUUCCCCGGCUGCUCUGUCGGGGCUUGGUGCCGCGCCCGCCCGCAGCCGCGAUCCGGCUCCACCAGCUCCCAGUGACCCCGCGGGCACCGGCGGGAGCCGCACCGGCGGGAGCCGCACCGGGGCUCUCCGCCGCGGGACCCUCCCCGGGGGUCCCGGGACCCGCACUCCGAACACGCGCAGGGAUUUUGAUACGGUUUUAUACUCUUGGCCCACGGGGCCUUUUCUACAGCCCCGCCCGGGUCUCCCGGGGCGGUGGGACGUGGCGGGGCAGCGUAGGGAUCUCCGGUGAUGUCUCCGGUUUGCCCGGGGGUCACGGGCGCUGCCGCCCCUCCGCGGCUGUAGUUCGUGUUGUUCCGCCCCGCCUCUCCCACGCUCCCCGCAACACCGAGAAAUAAAGGCUCUAUUUUUCCAGCCCCGGCUCCGCUGAUUCUCCGUCCGCCGCGCCACGCCCGAGUCCCUCACGGGGCCGGUCGCACCGGGACUCCCCCGGACUACA